CUUCGAGGCUGGAGGGCUAUGUAUGCCCGCCGGGGCCCGCCUGCUGGAGGACGUGUAGAUCUCUCUCGCUUUGUCUCUCUCUUCCUUCGUAAAUAUUGUCAUAUCGUUGUUUUUUGCUUGCGUUGUGGCUUUUGAAGAUGGCGCAUCACCAGGACGUCUCGAACUGCGUCAACUCGAUCGUGCAUGCGUUUACCGAUGGGUUUGCCGUGUUCCGCCGGCUGCGGGAGAAGCGGCGCAGGAAGAAGAGUCGGAAAGCCGGUGCUGGUGCUGGGGGCGUGCGGCCAGAUGCGCGCGCGGGAGCGGAGUUGCGGCUCAGUAAUUCGCUGAGGAAGGGGCCAGCGGAUAUUCAGACGCAGUAUGAGCGGAAUUAUGGGGUUGUGGGGGAGAGGUUUGCGAAGGGGGAUGCAAUUGCUCACGCCUCCCUCGCCGAAACCCUCCUCAAGCUCAACACCGGCCUCGUGGGCAUCAUAGCCUCGUUUCUGAAUCAUGACCGCAAGGAGACUCUGGAUCUGGACUAUAAGUCGCUGACGAAUUUGUCGGAUGCGUCGAGGGCGGAGGCGAUUGAUACGCUCAAUUUGCUGUACCAGCGGCUGUCGCAGUCGAAUGUGGCGCUGUAUCAGCCGAAACCAAGCUGUCCGCGAUGCGGGAGCUUGAAGCACGCGAAUUGCGGUGCUGUGGCUACGAGGAGUAGCAGCGAGAAGAGCAGGAAGGGCCACAAACAAGGCGGGGGUAAAUCUGGGUCUACGACCACAAGCCGCUCCCGCUCCAACACGCCCACCAUCACGCGCGUGCCGGUCAAGAGCUCCUCACAGACUCAACUCGCUAUAGUACGGCCGCGGAAUCGGAGGACGGGAUCAACAUCAAGCACAUCCUCUGCAAUCCCGUCGACAAAAUCACCUUCCACUGCAUCCACAGCAGUAAACACACCCCUAACCUCGCCCCUCGCAUCGCCAGACUACAGAAAAGCCGAUCCAUUCGCGUACGCCGCGCCCCCAAGCCCUCGAGACCACCCCUCCGCCAAGCCGCCUGCAAACUCCCGCCGCAAAAUGUCCUCUGCGGCCCCCGAACGACCUCAAACCUGGCCUCACGCGCCUGCUCAAACGCCCCAGCCGCCCGCCGAGAAACCAGUGAAAGCUACCACCUUCCCAGUUAGUGCUCCUACCCCUCCACCGAAACCAAAACACCUCUCCCCAGACACCACCGCCAAGCCCUUGUUAGCGAUCCCGCGCCGGCUGGAUAAGGCAACGCCCUCGGCGUACUCGUUCGCGUCUGACAGCACCAAGCUGGGCGAGAUCCCGAUGCGGAACUGGACGGUGCCGUUUGAUUACGAGGUCAGUGGGCGGCUGAAUGAGGAGGCGUUGGCGAGGGGGUGGCCGGUGGAGCCGCGGGAGGAGAAGGAGCGGGAGAGGCCAAGGCGGAGGUUGUUUGGGUUUUUGAGGAGGGGGGGUGGGGAGGAGUGAUUUGAGUUGAUCCGAUUUACGAGUUUAUGGGUUACGUGUUCACGAUUUUGGUUAUGAUAUUUGUGCUCGUUAUCUUUGCGUUUCCUUGUUGCGUUUGGAGUUUUGCGGGAUACCCUUCUUCAUGAGCGCGGAGUUUAGUUGGGGUUCGGGACUGCUUUUUAGGAGACUGAGAGAGGACAGGGGAAGUGUGCUGAAGGAUCUGUGCAAGUAUUUCGUAGCUCAUUUAGGUCUUUAAGUUCCCAUUCAUCCU